UUCACUUAAUCAGACUUCUUGAUAUGUGUUGCCUUUACACACAGACACCUCUCACAUUUUAGAGAGAGAAACUCAGAGAGACAGAGGGAGAGCGAGAGAGAGAGAGAGAGAGGGAGAAUGGCCUUAGAGGCAGUUGCAGUUCAGCAAGACUUGUUUAACUACAACACCACCAAAGAUCUCUACAACUUAUUACUAGGAAAUUGGAGCUAUGAAAAGGAAGAAGAGUGUUAUGUCUCCUGCUUCGACGUUCUCGAGAACCAAACAGAAAAUUUUCACCCUCAGAAUUGGAGUUCCCCACCUCCUCCUCCUCCUCCAUCAUCAAUAGUGCCCCAAUGGGUACCCAAUUCAUCAUCCGAACCCGACAUCACAAGCUCUAUAGCUCCUCAAGAACUCCCACAGCUGGAUAUCUCAACUACCGGGUCAACCCGACCCAAGAGAAGGCGAUCGAAGAGCAAGAAGAACAAGGAAGAGAUUGAGAACCAGAGAAUGACCCACAUUGCAGUUGAGCGAAAUCGGAGAAAGCAAAUGAAUGAGUAUCUCUCUGUGCUCCGGGGACUAAUGCCGGAAUCAUAUGUUCAAAGAGGUGAUCAAGCAUCAAUCAUAGGUGGUGCCAUCAACUAUGUAAAGGAGCUCGAGCAAAAGCUACAAUCCCUUGGAGGACGAAAGCACAUGAACCAAAAGUUUGAGUCUGGAUCUUCAUCAUCUUCUUCAUCUAAGCCAUUUUCUGAGUUCUUUACCUUUCCACAGUACUCGAUGAGCUCGGAUUGCUCCCAAAAUUCAAUAAUGGUGAUCGACAAGGCCGGUGUUGACAACCAGUCACCGGCCGUGGCGGAUAUCGAAGUGACGAUGGUGGAGAGCCAUGCCAACCUUAAAAUAAGAUCGAAAAAGCGGCCGAAGCAGCUCAUGAAGAUAGUUUGUGGGUUGCAAUGCCUCAGGCUCACUAUCCUCCAUUUGAAUGUUUCUACAGUUGCUCAAGUUGUUCUUUAUUCUAUCAGUGUCAAGGUAGAAGAUGACUGCAAGCUGACCGCAGUGGAUGAAAUAGCAACUGCUGUGAAUGAGAUGCUAAGUAGGAUUCACCAUGAGGCUGUGUUGCUUCUAAACAAUUAAUUAAAUCUUAAUAUUUGCAUUUUAAGUUUUUUUUUUCACUGUUUCUAAUUUUCAUUUCACCUUCAUUUACAAGAUAUAUGCAAUGCAAUACUGUGUUAUCUUCUUUCUUUUAUUUAGCAAU